AUGAAAAUACUCCAGAUCCUCUUAUUGUCGGUAGUGGUCCUGGCAACGGCUACUUCUUUUCCUUUAAGCUCAGUAACCCAGACUGAAGCCGAAAAUGAGGCAACCUCAAGUGAGCUCGAGAAAAGAGCGACCUUCCCCUCAGUUUCCGGCCUCAAGUUCAACAUCGAUGGCUCAACUGUCUACUUCGCAGGGACAAAUGCCUACUGGAUCGGCUUCCUAACCUCCAAUACCGACGUCGACAAGGUAAUGGAUCACCUACAAUCCUCGGGUUUAAAGGUGCUUCGAGUCUGGGGCUUCAACGACGUAACGCAAACCACCUCAGGAGUCUGGUACCAGAGCUUCGUCACAGGCCAACAGCCCCAAAUAAAUACCGGAGCGAACGGCCUCCAACGCCUCGACUACGUAGUUUCGUCCGCCUCUUCCCAUGGCAUAAAACUAAUCGUCAACUUCGUGAACAACUGGGGCGAUUACGGCGGUAUGCCCGCCUACAACACCUACUACGGCACCACGAAAACAACCUGGUACACCAACUCCAAAGUCCAGGCACAAUACCAAGCUUACAUCAAAGCUAUCGUAAGUCAGUAUAAGGAUAGUACGGCGAUCUUUGCGUGGGAGUUAGCGAAUGAACCAACGUGCAACGGGUGUAACCCCAGCAUUGUGACGGAUUGGGCUACCAAGACGAGUGCGUACAUUAAGUCAUUGGACUCUAAUCAUAUGAUUACGAUGGGCGAUGAGGGUUUCGUUAAUGGUGGGGGCGAUGGGAGCUAUCCUUAUACGACCGGUGAAGGGAUGGAUUUUGAGGCGAACUUGAGGAUUCCUGAUAUCAGUUUUGCGACCUUCCAUCUUUAUCCUUCUUCCUGGAGCGAAUCGACAACCUGGGGUUCUCCCUGGAUCGCCAACCACGGCGCUAUCUGCGUUAAAGUCGGCAAGCCGUGUAUCCUGGAAGAAUAUGGCGUUACCACUAACAAAACAGCUGUUGAAGGGCCACGGCAAGCUACGGCGCUAAGCACGGCAGGCAUUGCCGGUGAUAUGUACUGGCAGUACGGGGAUACGCUAAGCAGUGGGAAGACGUCGGAUGAUGGGAAUACGAUUUACUAUGGGUCGAGCGAUUUCAACACGCUGGUUACGCAGCACGUUUCUAAUAUCAAGGCAAAGGGUUAGGGGGAGAGUGGAUUUGAGAGGAAGUUUGGGGACGAGGAGCUGCUUGUGCCUAGUUGGCCCUUUAUGGCAACCCUCUUUGAAGAAAUAAGCUAUUAUCAAGAAUCCC